UGAGCAAAGCCAAUUUCCACCAAUCAAUGGACGGGACGGGCGGGGAUUGGUGGUUAGCUCCGCCCUCUGGCCACGUAGCACGAGCAAUCUGUAAACUUGUUCCUGACGUCAGCAGGGCCUGGGCUGCAGCGGGCACCGUCUGUUUCUGUGUGCAAAGAACGCGACAUGUGAGGAUCCCGCGCCGGGGAGUGACGCACGAGCAGGACAAGACUCAUCAGACGGAUUCAGGUCAAACUGAACAGAACAAGUCUUACUGUUGAAGAGAGAUUAAAAAAAAUAAAACAUUUGGGAAUAUGGUUCAGGGGAAACACUGUGUGCGUAAAAGAAACAAAAACUAAUAAUACAGCAGCGUGCACAGAUGAGUCCCGUCAGAGGAGGAGCAGGGUUUCAAUUACAGACCACCCCCCUCUCCCCAUCACACAGCCACCCCCCCAACACUGACUCUACAUCCAACAGAGGAAACGGAAAAGACGAAACAUGCGAGAGGGUCUGUGAUUUCAAAACCCCGGGGCUGUGGAAAGAACAGAAAGUUCCUGUUUACACCCAAACUUUGGCAUUUUUGUUGGAGCCUGUUUCCGCCCUCUAAACCUCGCACUUCCAGUUUUGUUCAUCUUUUUUCCCCAGCUGUUUGCAGCUGGCCAAAAAACAAACUAAUUUAAAAAAAAAAAACAACGGCCGCCCUGUUGGGGAAAAAAAGACUGAAACCCGCGACUGACCCGAGAGGAGGACAGAGAUGCCACCCCAGCCUCCCCCGCCGCAGGUGAAGCAGAACAUCCUGAAGUUCCUCGGGAGCUUCUUGGGGAUCACCCGGAUCCUGCAGGUCGUGUUCGGAGCCGGGCUGUGGGUCACCAUCGCCGCCAACAAAUACGAGGGCCCCGUUCACUUCGUGCUGUUCGUGGCGGUGCUCUUCUGGCUCCUCACCCUCGCGCUGUUCUUCCUCACCCUCCUGGACAAGCAGGACCUGGUCCCGCUGCUGGGGGGGCCGCGCUGGCUGUGCGCCAACCUGGCGCACGACGUGACCGCCGCCCUGCUCUACCUGCCCGCCAUAGGGCUCAUGAUCCACAGGACGGAGCGCAACGCCUACUGCAACCUGGACCAGUACGCGCACUUCUGUCUGUACAAGGUCUACCUGGCGGCCUCCGUGUUCGCCUGCCUGUGCUGCGUCACUUACCUGCUGAGCGUUCUUUAUGAGGGGCGCAGGAAGCACCGGGGGGAGAAGACGGUCUUCUGAGGGGGCCGCGCGGCGAGGCGUCCACUGCAAGAUGAGGAAUAGUUCACUUCACUGUCAUUAAAGAUCUGCUGCCUCCUCGUUCCCAAACUGUCACCACCGCGCUGAGGCUGGUGCAGCUCCAGCACGAGCCCAGAGGAUUAUGGGAGUUUGGUUAUGUGCAGAAAAAAAACAAUGUUAGAGCUUAAUAUGAGUGAUUUCCCUCAAAAAGAACCAAAAAUAACAACAUAAAGAGGAGGUAAAAGUGGAAAACAUUAUUAAUAUAUGGUUAGAUUUGUUCUUGAGUGUUAAACUUGCUCCAUAUAUAGCUAUUUUUUUGGUUACUUUUAUACAUUUUUGUUAUUCUUUAUAUGUUUUUUUAUAAGACAGCAAUUAACUUAUACCUGCUAUGUUUUCAUCCAGGUGUUUUGAACUUUUAACAUUUCAUGUUUUGUCAAAAUGCUGUACACUCAAUAGGUUGUGACAACAACUUCCACAACAGGGAUCUGACUGGUGCUAGCGUGUGUAUCAUUAAUAAAUAAUAUGAAUAAAGGGUGUAGACUGAGAAGCAGUGA